GCACAAGGACAAACUUUACAAAUAUGUUCAUUAUCUGCAGACAAAAUGUCACAAACACAAGUAAAUUCUUUGGAUAAACAUGACGGAUCAAAGCAUAAGGCCAAUGCUACCGCAUCUAAAAUAGUGCAAAAAGAAAUGGCACCAACGGUAAAAUCUAUGAACAAUAGUACUGGAUCAAAGGACAAUACUAAUGUUACCACAUCUAACAUAUCAAGUAAAGUACUGCAAACAGAAGUCACUUCUCAUGCUAACAGUUCUAAAAUGGUGCAAAAAGAAAUGAUAACGGAAAAUGUGAAAACUAGAAAAAAAGAUGUUGUGUCUACGCAAGAGACUUCACUUCUUGGGACAUCAUCGCAGUUGGAAUCACAAGAAAAUAUACAUAAUACACAUUCAACAAAUGUCCUAGAGAUCAAGUGUACUCUGUAUACUAUAAAUAUGAACAACUGUGUGGCUUAUGGUACAAUUCAUUUGUCAAUGGGAAAACAAAGCAUUCAUGGAGUUCCACUACAAGAUAAUUGCUAUAGAGUUUCUAUUGAUAAAGUUGUAAAAGAAGCAGCAUUUUUACCGGUAGAAUCAUGUGAGGUCAAAAGAGUUGGGGAUGCACUAAAUACUUUUGUUGCUUGGCCAAAAUACCUUGUCAAAACUAGCCAAAAGAUACCAAAUCUAUCAAGCAUUCAAACACAAAACUCUACAACUCAAGUCGCUAAAAAGCAAAAGAUAUGUUUUACAACGCUAGAUGGCAUCAAAAAACAGGGAGCAAGAAGAACAAGAAAAACACUUUAAACUAGUACUUAUUUUAUGUUUACAAUCAUUUCCUUUUGCAACAUUUGUAGAUAGUUUUUGAU